AUGUCAUACAGUGUGAUGGACGAAUGGAAGAGCAAGUUGAGCAAGACCAGCACUUCGACGUACGUCGUGCUGGCCAUAAUCGCGGCCGUAUUCUUGGUCACGGUCACUAGACCUAGCAGUAGCAAGGGAAAGAGCGGCAAGAGGAAGGGCUCGAAGAAGGACAAGAAGAGCAAAGGCCGCUUCGAAAAGGCCCCGGUUCCACUUACCUUGGAAGAACGGAUCGGAAAUGUGUCCUUGAGAUACAAUAACGAACUGAGAGACCGAAGCAAGGACCUUAUAAGUAGGUUCGAUUCCGGUAACGAAAAGGAUGUUUAUGAACGCAACUACUGCAACGAGAUGCUGUUGAAGUUAUUGAUUGAGCUGGACGGUAUUGACCUGAUCAAUGUGGAUGAGUCUUUAAGAAAGUCGUUGAAGGAGAAAAGAAAAGCUGUCAUCAAGGAAAUCCAGGCGACGUUGAAAAGUCUAGACUCUCUUAAAUAA